AUGUCAGAAGAUUCAGAAAAGGAAGACUCUUCAGACAGAACUAUCAGUGAUGACGAUGAAUCAGACGAGGAUACAUUCACGAAAUUUGUAAGUGGUGAUAUUCAUCAGUGUACACUUCUAACAGCUGAAUCUUUGGGUGACCUUUUCUUCCCUCGAACUACACAGAUACUUUUGGAGUAUCAGCUAGGAAAAUGGGUGCCACGCCUUCGUGAACCACGAGAUUUGUACGGUGUCUCUUCUUCUGGUCCACUGAGCCCAACACGGUGGCCAUACCACUGUGAGGUCAUUGAUGAAAAAGUCCAGCAUAUUGGUAUGUUUUGUUUAAGCAGUUUGGGGGUUCAGACAUUAGCGAACUUACUUUGUCACCUUUGA